UCCGGCUCUGUCAUGUGACUUUGUUUCUCUCGGUCAAAAUGGUGGAAAAUAUAGGCAUCGUUCCUGCUGGCAAGGUUUUGGAAGUUUUAAAAUAUGAAGACCUCAUCGACACGAUUGAAUCUGCAUUCAGGAAGUUUUCUUCACGCCCUGAAUCAGGCGUCGACCAACCGAUGAGAAGUGUCAUUUUUGUUCCACCGAAAAACGGAUUUUUUGGAGUUAUGCCUGGCUACAGUCAACACGAUGAAGCUCUGGCGACCAAGCUGGUCACAUUCUUUCCCAUGAAUAAAGAUGUGCCAACACACAACGCCGUUAUCCUGGUGUUUGACAUCAACAAUGGAAUACCUAAAACUAUAAUGGAUGGAGAGGUGAUCACAAUGAUGAGGACGGCAGCAGCAUCGGCGGUGGCUACCAAGUUCCUGUCCGCCCCGAACUCCACGACUCUCGCCAUCCUCGGUGCCGGCACCCAGGCCAGAUCCCACUUCCACGCCCUGGCUCGCGUCAGAACCUUCCACAAUGUGAGACUGUGGAACUGGAGGAGGGAACGUGCUGACAUUCUGGCGGCUGAGAUCGGGGCCACAGUUUGUACAACUGUAGAAGAGGCCGUCUGUGAUGCUGAUGUCAUUGUCACGGUAACAUCCUCACCGACGCCAGUCCUGAAGAAAGACUGGGUUAAACCUGGGGCGCACAUCAAUGCGGUAGGUGCCUGUCGACCUGACUGGCACGAGAUUGAGCCUGACCUGAUGCUCCACAGCAUGGUGUAUGCUGACAGCUAUGAAGGCGGGUACAAGGAGAGUGGAGACAUUGUCUUGUCUAAGGCAGAGAUAUAUGCAGAACUAGGGGAGGUAAUUCUCGGGAAGAAGGAAGCUCACGUGGACAAAACAACCGUCUUUAAAUCUCUUGGUCUUGGCAUUCAGGAUGUUGUGUCGGCCAAACUGGUGAUGGACAAAAUAGAGAAGCAGACGGCUUGAGCAUGGGAGGCAGCUGGGGAUCUGCUUCUCACUGGGAUGCAACUACCUUACCUCCCACACACUCAUCAUAGUUGUAGCACUUAGAUCACUUUGUAAGGGCCAAAACUCACUGCCACUGUUUUGCCUGUGUUCAUGUUUGCAAAUAUGGUCUGCUAUUGCCAUUUUAAGCAUCAGAUGAUGUUAUGUUAAACUCACUGACUGCAUCAGUGUACUUGUGUUUAUAUUGCUGCUUUGCAAUUUGUUUUGCAUUGCGAUUUUAUCAAAUGGGCAGGAUUUUUAAAUCACAUUGCAUCAUAUAUCGCACCAAUGGAGGUUAAAUAUAACAUAUUUUUAGUUCUUUAGACAUGUGAUUAUAGUCAUGUGACUUGGGUACUUCUUGCAGUUUUUAAGCACAUGUAUAUAUAUUUAAAGACAGAAUCUCUUGGCCUGCCUUUUACCAACUGUUGGG